UCAGUGCACUUAUUAUACCAUAGAUAUGUCAAUCUUAUAUUGGAGUUUCCUUCUUCUGCCUCUGCUAUUGAAGGUUGAAUGUGUAUCCGAAAAGGUUUCAACAAAACGACUUUUGCUGACUGACCCUAAUGCCCUCCUCUCUCGAAUGGAAGAUAUGGAUAGGAAAAUGCUGGCGAUGAAUGCACAAAUUACUGACCUGAAGAGUCAACUGGACAGCGUUAUGAAAUCUCAUCAUAAAUCUGGAGCUGUAUAUACUCGUUGGGGUAGAGCGACUUGUCCGGAGGUGAAUGGAACCACUAUUUUGUACAGUGGCAUUGCGGCAGGAAGAAACUACAAUGAUCAAGGAGAUGGAAUUAACACAUUGUGCAUGCCGCAUAACCCUGAUUCCGCUCCCUUAGAUCUACCAGUUGCGCAAAACCAAUAUCAUUUUGGUCGAAUAUACGGAUCUGAGUAUGAAUUUUCGUACAAAAAAGCAGCUUAUAAUGACGAUGUACCAUGUGCUGUUUGUUACGAUAUUUAUGCAUCUACUUCUGUGAUGAUCCCUGGAAAAACUCUUUGUCCUAGUCACUGGACCAUUCAGUUCGACGGCUUCUUAACAUCAGACGCUCACUACUCCGGCCACCCUGGAGCAGAGUAUUUAUGUAUGGAUAGCAAUCCAGAGUAUGCAACAGAGGGCGCUAGACAGCAAGACUACAACGGCCGUGUGUUUUACCCCGUGGAGGCAGUCUGUGGGUCGCUUCCGUGCCCACCUUAUGAAAAUGGCAAAUACGUCUCGUGUGUUGUUUGUACCAAGUGAACAUCGAACGAUUCAUAUCAGAAAGACAGAAAAAAAGCUGUGUGUUUUACGUGAAACUAGAAAUAGCUAAGAAUGUUGUAGAGGUAGGAUAAAUAAAGAACUAAAUAUUUCUUGUCCUAAAUGACAAAUGGAAUAAAACUAAGCUGCAUGUCACAAAGCUUACGUCAAAAUAGCAAAUCUGUUAAACCUCUUGUAAUAAUCAUCAACUUGCAAAAUUAUCAAUUCAAAACUUUCUCAUUCUUUUUGAAACUAUACAAUAUGUAUCGAAACAUUUUUCAAUUUCAAUACAAAAUAUAAUUUGCUGAAACAUUUGAUUAAUAGUCAAUAAUAAACAUUUAUAAUGUAACUGUAAUACAAAGUUAUCAUAGAAUUUUCUUUAAUUAUUUUCUCAGUUUUGAUGAAAUUUUCAAUAAAGACUUACGUUAGAUAAUUGUCAUACUUAGUUCAGUAUUUCUUUACCUAAGGUACAACUAUAUACCAUCCUCAUUCUUCAUAAACCAUACAAUUUACAGUUAAUAAGCUAAGCAAAUAUCUACAAAUGUACUUUUAAAUGCCAACCAUUUUUUAUCAACAAUUUAAUGAAGGUCAGCUCUUUUUGGAGCAUGCCAUCGUUGGAAACCAAAGGCAGGUCUUGUAUUCAUUUACUGACCAUAGAUAGCUGUAUUCAUGAACGCUAUUGAAAACCAUAAGAAAGAAACAACAGACAUUUAUAUAAGCAGUUCUCUUGUAAAUGAUUUACACACUAAAAUACUAGUAUGUAGUGUUCAGUUUACGAUUAAGUUUGGUACUCUGAGUACCAGCCUUUAAUAGUGCGUUACUUAUUACUAAAACUUGAUAGAAAAUCUUUUUGCGAGUGAUUUGUGGACCCUGGACUUGUUACUUGACUCUGGACCUGACAUUUAACACUUGGCGGUGAAUGAUCAGUCUACAAACUACUAACUCAUUAUGCGCACUUCUGAGGGAUUGAUCCAUAUAAUAUGAAAAAGACUUUUCAAAUGUACAUCAAAGUGAAUGACACUUUUCACCGGAAUAAAGAUACCUGUUAAAUCUUUAUUGCUAAAGGAAUUACUUAUUUCGAUCAGAAAUUGCUAUUACAUAUACUUUGAAAUAUGGUAAGGUAUAAUUUACAAUAUAUUGAACACCUCAAAUGUUCAAUUACAUAACUACAUGUAUGCAUUAAG